AAACAUAACCGUUUCCGUUUACUGUCUUUUCAAUUUCCGGUAUAAACGUCACACUUUCCGUCUUCUUCCUCCGUGUAAGCAUAACAAUGGCGUCCUGUAGUGAGGAAACUGCUUCGGCCACUGAGGAGGAACCGACUGAAACUCCUGUGUCCCAAAAGAGAGAAGCGAGACUACGAAAAUUUCGAGAGUUACAUUUCAAACGGAAUGAAGCUCGUAAGCUCAAUCACCAGGAGGUUGUGGAGGAGGACAAGAGACUGAAACUCCCUGCUAACUGGGAGGCUAAGAAAGCUCGACUGGAGUGGGAGCUUGCUGAAGAUCAAAAGAAAAAGGAAUGUGCUGAAAGAGGGGAGGAGUACGACAGAGUGAAACUGCUGGAAAUCACUGCUGAUGAUGCAGAACGGUGGGAGAGGAAGAAAAAGAAGAAGAACCCAGACACAGGAUUUGCAGGUUAUGCUGAGGCCCAAUUCCGACAGUACCAGAGGCUGACCAAACAGAUCAGACCAGACUUGGAAAGCUACGAGAGACAGCGGGAGGAAUGCGGUGAGGACUUUUACCCCACGUCCAAUAGCCUGAUCCAUGGCACUCACGUCCCCACAAAGGAGGGCAUUGACCGCAUGGUGGAAGAUGUUGAGAAACAGAUCGAGAAGCGGGCCAAGUACAGCAGACGCAGAGCCUACAACGACGAUGCAGACAUCGACUACAUCAACGAAAGGAACGCCAAGUUCAACAAGAAGGCAGAACGCUUCUACGGCAAAUACACAGCAGAGAUCAAACAGAACUUGGAGAGAGGCACGGCCGUCUAGCAGGUCCAGUCACCUCAUGUGGACAUGUUCAGUUUUUUCUUCAUUUAGGAGUCUUGGGUGCAGCUUUCUCUUCUGUGUUCUCUGGACUGUGUAUUGCGAGGCAGUUUUUGAAACAUUUUAUAUCAUGCUGAGGUAAUUAUCUGUAAGAUAUGUAAUGUGUGGUGUUUCUUUGUACAGUAUUAGAAGGUAAAAACAACACUGUUAUGAGUAUUCUGAUCCUUAUUUUUAAAUAAACCACUUCCAAUUAUCCAGUUA